AUUUCAGCUGACAUUAACGAUAUCUCAGGUUUUUCGUUUAUGCGCGUAUCGUGACACUUGAUUAACACCUUCAACACAAAGCCCAGCAGACUUUUGGAUUACGACACUGCUUAAUAUCAUCGCUUUUGUCCGAUAAAAUUUUCCGAUAAGAUAUUCAACCCUUGGAGGCACGACAGAACAUAUUUCUUGGUUUCUUUAUUACUUUUUAUUUCAAACAAGGGAUUCUCCUGCUCCUAAAAUCAUUCAAUCGUGCCAAAUAAUCAUGUUUGGCGAUCAACGAUUUUCGAAAGGACUUUACACGCGUUGAAAUCGUGACCAGUCAAGUUGAGUUGUCAUCCUCCUGAAUUCUUGUUGUUUGAAUGAGCUUGAAUAAAUUUUUUUUUGCUUGACACAUCGGCUCAAACUAACUUACAGAAACGGCGUCCCUGAACGUUAAGGGUUUUCGGGGCAUGGAUUCCAGGGAGCGCUUGAACAGGCUCAGUGAGAGUGGUGGAAUCAGUGUGCCUCUGGAAGAUUAUUGGAAAGAGUUCAACAGUUUUGACGAUGGAGUUCAGCAAGACGAGGACGAGGAAGAUAUUUCUAAGACCCCCGACGAAGGUGAAGCGGAAGAGGAAUGGUUGCGGGAAGCUGGUUUCGAAAACCUUGUCGAUUCAGAGCUUACAGAACAAGACCAAGCUGAUUACUAUGAAGAUAUUUUGGCAACUUUGACGCCUCGUCAAAUCGCCGUAGUCAAAAAACGUUUAGAUACUGUCCAAAGAUCUAAGAAAAGACGUGUGCCACGAACUCGUCAGAGAGCCGACGUCAGAGAUUUGUUCAAUCCUGCUUCAGUAUCUCCUCCUGAGUCCCUGCAGACACUUAACUCGGAACCACUUUCACUGAAUUACUCUGUGGACGGCACUAAUUCAGUGUCAAGUGCCCCGUCAACUGAGAGAUGGUCUCGAAAGAAUACAUCUUCGGUCAAAAACGACGAGCAUCAGUCACCUCCUCAACAUUCUAAGUCAAAUACAAGAGCUCUGCCGCCAUUACCAUUCCUUCGAACCGGUCAUACUGGAGGUUUCAGUCUUAGAGAUCACUCCAGAGGAAUAGAUUGUGAAAGUCCAACUAGUGUUGAAGUUUUAAGAUAUGAAACUCGUACUUCAACCAUUCAAGACAAAGAUUAUAAUAGCCUGAGUAGUAUAAGUAGUAUUAAUACAGAUUCAUUGUCCUUGGAAGCAGGCUUCCAAGAAAUUUCUACUAGAAUGAACUCUGCCAACGAUCAAACGGAUAUUGAUAAAGAUUUGGCGUCUUUCCAAAGAAAUUCCAAUGUACAAAUGGCUGAUUUAAGUGAGACUGAUCGAAAUCUUGUGAGAUCUUUAGCUAUCAUCGAAGUGGCAGCUCUCCUCGACACCUAUGGUUUGGUUCCUAGCAGAAGACGGAAACCAAAUAGAAAGAAAGGAAAAGAUAAUGUAGCUUUCGGAGCUUCCUUAAGUUCUUUGCUUGAUCUCGACAAAAGAAGGUGUCCAGGUCUCAAAGUUCCUCUUAUUUUCCAAUGGAUUUUGCAUCAUCUCCAUAGCAAUGGCUUAAGGGAAGAAGGAUUGAUGAGACUUGCUGGUUCAGUUCAAAAAAUUCAAGCAUUAAAAGCUGAAAUCGAACGCAGUUAUGUGACGUCACCAAUGCUAGUGGAGAAUCUCAUUCGCCAGUCCUCUGUUCAUGAUGUCAGCGUUUUGUUAAAACAACUAGUAAGGCAAUUGCCCGAGCCACUUCUCACAAAUAGUCAUAUGGAUGCAUUCCUACUAGUGCCAAAUAUACCAAAUGUCCAAGAUCAAAUGAAUGCUUUAAACUUGCUGAUGUUAGCAUUACCCGACCCCCAUAGAGAACUUCUUCAGGAGCUCCUCUAUUUCUUGACCAAAGUAAUUGAAGAGGAAGACAGCAAUCGAAUGUCACUGAGCAAUGUGGCGAUGAUCGUUGCUCCAAAUCUGUUUCCUCCUCCGAGACUUAAGAAAGGACAUCACAAAAGCAAUGAUUUGGCAACAGAAGUAACAGUUGCAGCAUUGUCCUCCAAAGUCACGCAACUAAUCAUUAAAUAUAGCAAUUUCCUUGGAGUUGUACCUCCUGAGCUAUUAGCUCAAGCAAGGCUUCAAAAUCGACGCUCGGCCAACAAACAUGCAAAGCGAGUGGGCCGGAAAUCUAAAGGAGACAAGCUGAAAAAUAUUAAGGAUGAUUUUUUAUCCAAUAGUAGCUCUGUGAUCCGGGUUCAAAUUUCGUCAUUGCGUCAUCCAAAUAGUGUUGCAAUUCCAGUUACAGAUAAAACUACGGCAGGGGACGUUGUUGAGAAGGUAGCUGAAGCAAUUGACCAAAUAAUUGAUCCACGUCAUCAAACAGUAUCACACUUGGACCAACAGGAGAACAGAGCUUUUUUGCAGAGACCUAGAACCACAUCGGAACCUAUAGUGAUACGACAAAGGUGUCUUAUUAGCUCAAAGAAAUCCAGUGAGAAUUUAAAAGACCAUUAUUUAUACAUCAUUAGAGAAAAUGUCGGAGAAAGAAGAUUAGAUCAUAACAUGAAUAUUUCGAGCGUAACCGGUCACGGAGCAGGCAGAUUUGCAACCGGUUCAACUUGGGAAAUUCGAUGCCACCAUUGAAAUUUCAAAAAUAUAUAAACGAUAGAAACAAUUUUAUCGUUUGUUCCAAGUGCUUUGCCGAUUUCUUUACACUUCAUCGAUAUAAAUAUUUUAAAACUGAAUAAAGACUCACUAUGAAAGAAGACAACAAAUUAAUGCAAACACUACAGUGUUAAUAUAACGGGAACAGAUAUUUCGUUUCGCAGGAAAAUCAUUAUAAAUUUGGAAAACUGUAACCGAUAAUUAUUGUUCUUUACAAAACGUUCAUAUGUCUGUAUUCUUAUAAGGUUUCUGAUAGUUCACGAAAAAAGCUUUGAAUACUUACAUAAUAAAAAUAAACUAACUAUUGUUAAUUGAAAAAAAUUAAAAACAAUUUUCUAUAUUUUAUUCAGAAACUAUACAUUUAAUUAAGUUUCUUGACGAUUACAUAAGCAAAUGUCAUGAGAUUUUAAAAAUACACACAGUUUGAUUUUAUGUAUUGAUUUCCAUAUUACAGGACUAAAAAAUGGAAUCCCUUGUAUAUAUGUAAACUAUCCUUCCUUUAGCAGCGAAUGUUUUAGAAGAUUUUACUUGUCAAAACCGUUGCCACAAAUUGAAAGAUAACGCUUGAAGCUUUUAGAAUUGUGCCAUUUUUUAAGCAUGCAUAAUUCAGAUCGAUCUAAGUGAAGAGAGAAAGUUUAUAUCUUCUUUCUUGCUUUAAUUCCAGCAAUUUUGAAAUCGAUCUAUAUGAUAUUUACAUAAGAAUAAUUUUAGCUCAUACUAUACCGUAUGCUUAUUCUGAUCGAUGUAAAGUUUGCAAGAGUAAAUGGAACACCAUUUCUAAAAGCUUUAAGCAUGAUCUUUCAAAUCGUAUCAAUAGUUUUGCCAUGUAAAAUUUUCCAAAACAAUUGCCGCUAAAAGGAAGAUUAUUUACAUAAGGAUAAUACAAAAUUGUUCACAUUAUUUUGCCCUGUACUUACAUAAGAAUAAGAUAUUUACAUAAGAAUAAUUUUAGCUCAUACUAUACCGUAUGCUUAUUCUGAUUGAUGUAAAUUUUUCAACAAUAAAUGGAACACCAUAUCUUCAAAGCUUUAAGCAUGAUCUUUGAAAUCGUGUCAAUAGUUUUGUCAUGUAAAAUUUUCCAAAACAUUUGCCGCUAAAAGAAAGAUUGUUUACCUAGAGUUAAUACAGAAAUGUUGACGCUAUUGAUCAAAGCUGAACACAGACAUAUUUAGCAUACAUUUUUUUUUACAUAUUCAUGACAUCAUUGCUGAAAACUUUUCUUACUGCGCUAAAUUUGUCCUACAAUUAAAAAGUUAACAGCUUCAUGUUUUGCAGCCAUAGCAAAUACCAUCCCAUAACGUUAACAUACUAGUGUUUGCAUUAUACAAGCGUAUGACUUAAAUAUUGAAUUAACUAUGCAUCUAGUUACAACGAAAAUAUAUAUUGCUCCCUGAUAACUCACUGAUAAUACUGUUUAAUCAGAUUUCAUUCUUCUACUUGAACCCUUUGAGGAAUGGACACAUGUUAUAAACAUAAAAACGAUAUACAUAUAUAUAUAUAAAUGUAGAAACUUUAGUGAACCCUAGUUUAAAGAUUGUUAUUGCUGCGAAAUUUAUUAGGCAAAUGUGAUUUUAUGUAUUGCCUACAAGUACUACUAGUGUGCUGUGCAAUGAACUGUCACCAUACUCCACAUUCCAAUUGUGUAUUUGAAAAUUAAUUUAAUCAGAUUUUUUGUGUAAUUGUGAAAUAUUUAUGCAAUGUUUCUUGUAUGUUUCUUGAAAACUCAUAUCUUUGAACUGUGUUUUAAAUGCAUACUUUUCGAGAAUAAAAUAUUAAAAAGUUUUUCUGUUUAA